AUAAGAAUAUGAAUCCUUGCAGUCAAGAAAGCUUCAAAUCUAGAAUUUAAACAAAAAAAGUUUAAAGUUUUCUUUGUCGUUCAGUUUCAGCCAAUAGCGGCAAGAGACUCCCCGCCAUGCGAAGGUCGGGCGUGACGUCACUUCCGCUCGAGGCCCAACUCCCGGCGAGCACCGCGCGCGGACCUUUUUUUUCCACGUCGCCAUUUCCUCUUCGUCUUCUCUCCCGCCGUGCGGCUUCUUCCAUCUCCUCGCCUCGGUUGUAUCCCUCCCUCCCCUCCUCCAUCGCUCUCUCCUUUAGUUCGUCUAAUCAUCGUCGUCCUCGUCACCGUCUCACGCCUGUGUGCGAGUUUGGUGCUGUGCGGAGCGCGUGUGCUUGUCGCUGUUGUCUUCACCUCACGCCGUAGCAGCUUCGCCAUGUUCCGUCCUCGCGGGAACUCGAGCUUACAACAACAACAACAGCAGCAGCAACAACAACAACAACAUCGCGCCUCUACUCCAUCUCCACACCACGGCGGCUUCGGGCCUCAUCACGGCGGCCAGCAGAGCCCAGCCACCAGCCCCCGAGGAGCCAUGCGCUUCGUCUCGGCGACGUCGCCGCAAACGGCCGGGUUUCAGCAACAGCAGCUGAUGAUGAUGCUGUACCAACAGCAGCAGCAGUUCAGUCCCCAGCAACAGCAGCAGCAGCAGUUCAAGCAGCAGUGCUUCCAAACGCCGUCGCCCCGGUUCAGCCCCUACGGGCAGCAGCGAAGUCCACGUGGUUCCCCGUGGCGCGGGGAGACGCCGAGGGGCCGCGCCUCCUGGCAGCAGGGAUCACCAAGGAUGCCAGGCUCCCGCUCUCCGUGGCACGGCCGUGCGGACAGGGAGGCUAGUGUGGAUUGCUAUUACAAGAGCAGCAUGGUGCAGGACCCCUGGAGGGGCCUAGUGCCCGUGUCUGUGUCCGACGUGGAGGGCGGCAGGGACCAGGAGGUCAGUGGUAGGCACGCAGGACGCUAUUUUGGCCGGCUCACGGCCUAAAUUCGCUUCCCGUACUGCAAGCGUUGGUGCCCGCUAGAACAUUUGUCCUGGUGUGUCGCAGCCACAAGAGCGGGGCUAUGUCGCCUUCCGAUGAUGCAGCAGCAGCAGCACAUUCAGCAGCUGUUUGAUCAGCAUCACUCGUAAGGCGUAUUUUAUCGCUGAAAGAGUUUUUGUUUUCCCAAACAAAACGAGCUGUGCAUUUCUACAACACGAAGAAACGUUCUUUGUAUCUGUUAUAAUCUCAGCAAACGCUUUACGACUACAGCUGCACGCAUUCAAAUGCAGUCACAAUGUAUUGACAUUUGUAAUAGUGGUUACAAAUCUCGUGUUUAAUACCAGAUAGCCCAUAGUCUGCUUACAGCAGAUAUCUGCUUGGGAGUUGGGCCGUGAAGUUACAUCGCACAAUAAACAAAUUGGUUAAUAUAUUUAACAUCAAUAUACCGGAUCCAACUAAAAUUGUUUGUUAACCAUCUGUGCACAAUGUUGGCUAAAAGGGGAAAUUGAACACUUCAAGACAACUUUUCUCAACAGAAACGUCCAUCUGCUGUAAAUUAUCAUGGGAAAUAAUAAUUUCAAACAGAAGAGGUACAUUUUGUGCAUUGUUCACCUCGGCAUGGUAUGUUUGUUUUUAUAAGCUAGCAAGGGUAUAUUUUGCAAAAAAAAAUUGUAGUCAAUGCAUUACUUGAGCAUUUACCCCCAUGUAUUCAGAAGAGCUGUGUUAAUUGCAUGCAUUAGAUGUCCGACGCCAACACCAGCAACAUACAUUUUGGUUUUAAUUAUGGGUUUGGUUUUUAAAGAGCUUAUGGUAAUUAUAUGAAGUUAUUUCAUACUUUUAGUUCAACAUUGAGUUUUUCCCACCCAAUAGGUGGUGUAUUAUUUAUGUAUAUCAUGAAACAAGGGCAGUUGAUGACAUUUAUUAGUUGACAUUUUUGAAUGUAACUCCUGUAAUACAAACAAAUUUUGUAGUUUUCUACCAUCACUUUCCUGUAUAAACAGUAUUUAUUUUGACGAGAAGGCAGCUUUGCCAAUUGUUUUGUAAAUGUUACUGCUCAACAAAGAUAAGGGUUUUUGUAAUAAAGUUGUUAAGUUUGUGUGUAUCAUUUAAAUA